AUGGAAUUCGAAUCGCGAAAUACCUCACUCAAAGAAGCCUGCCACCAGCGUUGGAACACCAAAGUCAUGGAGGGGCUACCGAGAAAUUUCAUUGGCCCCUUGGCCCAUGGGUCGCUUGCUGAAGGAGGCGCUACAGUGGAUUCCCAUUUAAUAGAACUGUGCCGUCCGCAUCACAAGCCUCCAAGUGCUCUCUUACCAGUAGCAACUUACAGGUUGCCCUUGCCGCCAGGCGGCGCCCAGUUCCGAACCCACCGAAAACUUUGUGAUAUCCACUUUGGGGCGCACGAUCCCUCUGUGCUCUUGGCUUGCACGAACGAUAACACUCUACUUUUUUUCGACAUGAAUGCUGGUGCUUUCUAUUUGGAAAUUCAGUUGUCUGCAGAACGUGAAGUUGCCGGAAAUUCCGUGUGCGGCACCUCAUGCGUUCACGUAAAUCGAUGCCCUGACUCCCCUUUGAUUUUUUGUGGCUCCCCAGAUGGAGAUGUUCUUCUCUUCGAUGCCCGAGUUUCAGGCCUCAACGCAAAGUUCUCUGGGCGGAGGGUGUGUCCAACACUGCGGAUCCCUGCAGCGCAUGACGGUCCUGUGUGUGGGAUUCGUACUGGCCUGGCCCUUCAUCCACACCUCUUCCUCACCGGAGGGCGUGAAGACAGGUGGAUUCGCCUGUUUGACCUCCGUUUUCCAUUUCACUAUAGCUCUGGAAGUUCUUCGGGGCAGGAUUCUAUUCCUUAUCCGCUGGAAGCAACGCGUUUGGGGCCAAGCGAGGACAGUGGCUUGCUACGGAGUUCGCUUAUGGCCUUUGAUGUUUCACCAGACGGAGCUGUACUAGCAGCUUCUGUCGUUCGAUACAGUAGUGGUCAGCCCUUAGAAAUGAAGAGCAUUCUGGAAAGGGGCGACGGCGAGACGGUUUUGCUGAGCUUGCCCGACGGAACACGGGCUCUCAAAACCAUUGCCUCGGCGGAUGCAUGUGCAGCAGAAUACAUUGAGUUUUCACCCAAUGGUAAGUACAUAUUACAAACAGGCGGUGUCAGCUCAACACACUGCAGACUCUGUUGGCAAUGCUCAUGCCGCUGCAGUUGCCGGUCUCAUUCAAACCAGGAAAGCUUGAUCGUGGGAGUGGACACCCCUACCAAAAGUAUCUAUUUUUCCGUACCUGCAUUUGACGGCGAUGAAAAAGACCCGCAGACAAUUGCAGUCCCCAGCAUGCCCCUACCAAAUGGGCUUAGCGUGGGGGAAAUGCCGCAACGUGGGCCGCUUUCACGCCAGGAUCUGCAGAAUGGCCAUCAGUGCACGUAUCACCGCGCGCAACUUGUGAAUAUCGUGCAGUCAAACAGAACUGUCAGCCUGAAAAGCCCAGCAGACAGUACUAUUGCUUUUACUGAUGCAUUUUGCAUUAGUCAUUGCCCCGAAAAAUCCGAGCAUCCCAUGGACUCUCCUUUACAGGUGGGGCCUCCUAGCGCCAAGGAAAUUUCGACGGGCCAUUGUGGACCCUCCCUGGAAUCUGUUGUGGCAGGAAACUGUGGCGUUCUCCCUCAACUGAAAUUUACUCUUCAUGGCCCCCAAAGCAGGCAUGCUCAGACAAGCAGACAUCGAUUCUGGGAAUAUUUGUCUCACUUUCAGAGAUUAACGGAUGUGCAAAAAAGAGGUAUUGGUGUCGCUUCCAAGAGAGCGAGAGAGCCCGCGGGUCCCCCACUGGAGCAACCAGAAACGGAACCAGCUACAAAGCAAAUUCGGUGCCCUGAAGGCUUGUCCAAGGUUGGCACGUCGCCUCCUCCCUUUGGGGGUAGGGAAAACAAUGUCGACUGUCAUUUGCCCGAGGUCUCACACGGCUCAGGACUCCACGCCAGUGGCGCGCAUCAAUCAACUAAGUCGGUGUUGUUUCCACUGCUUCAUCCGCAGCUUUCGCAGUUCAUCGCCGCUUGUGGCCCACUACAUCCGGCGUUCGUCCGUGCGGAGGGUGCCACUUUCCCGUUCACUUGCCGACUGUGGGGAGGCCUUGUCGUCGGUUUUGGGGGAUCCACGGCCGAUCAUACCGGGCGUCGCCGGCUGUAUGAUGGCCUGAAGCUAUGGGAUUCUACUACCGGUGUUGUGCUAAGUUGGGCCGAAGGUCCUCUGGCCUCGGAGGGCGCUCUCAGAUGCCUGCAACCUAUCCCGGACGUCAGCACUGGCCUUCUGGCCACGGGAGGAUCUAUUCUUUCGGCUGUCGGGAGCCCUCCAAGCCCCACUCCAGCAGAAGGGGUAACGUUUUGGUCCUUGAAACGUCGGGAUGACCUCCUUGUUUCUGCUCUCAAUGGGACUCUCUCUCUAGAAGUGGAAUUAGAAGACAACAUGUAG